UUGAUACAAACAUCGCACGCUAUCCACAGUUUGACAAUAAAUAACACUACAGUUGGUGAUCAUGGCGAGAAUUGGAAUACCACUUUUUACCUUUCUGUUUCUUGCAACAUCAUCUGUAAUCUUAUUCAUUAAUAACAACUUGUUUGAUGAUGUUUCCUUCAACGGUCAGUUUCAAAGUGCCUCGGUCAAGAUACCAAAAGGACUGACCACAGGAACGAAUCAAAAUAAUGUGACACAAAAUACAACUAUAAAUGUAUCUGUAUCUCUUCAUGCCACUGAUACUCAGCAGCAACGACGCCCACACCUUCAGGAGGCGUGUGAGGGUUUGGACGCCAAGAAACACCCAGAAAACAUUGAUGGUCUGAGCGCCGACACCUUAAAGAACAUGAAUCACAUCAUCGUCAUAGAUAAAUUGAAAACUCUUUAUUGCUAUAUUCCCAAAGCUGGUUGCACAACUAUGAAGCGAAUGCUUCUUGAGUUGAGUGGUCAUAUAAACUCAACUUACAUACCACAUGAAAAGGGUGACAUACACGUACUUGCCGCGAAGCACUUUCGAUCAUUGAGAGAGUUCAGCCUGGAAGAUGCGAACGAGAAAAUAAAAACGUACCGUAAACUGGUAUUUGUUCGCGAACCGUUUUCACGGAUGUUGUCUGCAUAUCGGGAUAAACUCGAAUCAAAGGGGCCUUUCAAGAAAAGAUGUCUGCGUCGUAUGGUCAACAGGGAUGUGAGACCAAUGGCUUCUGGUAAUGAAGACCUCAACAUUACGUUCGGUAAUUUUGUGGAUUACCUCGGUAAUCCACGGAAUACACUCGCUGAUCCUUUCGAAGAACACUGGAGGGAGAUGUCCCGCCUGUGCUAUCCAUGCCGAGUUCCUUACGAUUUCAUUGGACAUUUCGAAAACUUUAACGAAGAUGUUCGCGAGGGUCUGCAAACAAUUACACAUGAUGUUGACGUAGAAAUCCCCGCGUCAUUGAAGCCUACUAAAAGCGGUAACAUGGACACUUUGGUCAAAUACUACUCCCAACUUAGUUCGACACAAUUGGAAUCGCUCUACAAGAGACUCGCGACAGAUAUAGAAUUAUUCAACUACAAAGUUCCCUCAUUCAUUGCUGAUCGUUUAAACUCUUCCCUACUAAGUGGACUUUAGUUUAAUAGCAAGUGCCUAAAAUGUGAUCUGUCUAUAUUUGUUUGUUGUUGUGCCUCUAUGCUGGAUAUAUUUAUUCAUGGCAAUACUGUUUUAAUAAAAUAUUGAUAAACUUUAAAAUUCAAUAACUUCGUUAUUUGUAAUCCGAUUUUGUUGAAAUUUUCAGCAUUUUGCUUUGUGAAUUUUACUCUAUUUAUCCAGAUAUAAAUAUUUUCAGCCCGGGGAAUCCCUUUCAUCAGUGGUGGUCUAAUGAAGCAGGUUGUGAGUUAUAUACGACCUUUUGAAAAUCAGAUUCCCAACGGUGAGCGAGUUUUUGCUUUUGGUUCGGGCCUUCCCGCUCUUUCUUCCAGACGUGAUGUUUUACUGAUGAGACAAAUAUUCAAAACAACUUCAACGAAAAAAAACACAAUCACUGCAUCUGCUAAAGUCUCAAUAUGUGAUAAUAAUUAUGAUCUAUGUAUACAGCAAUAUUCUUAUUUUUUGACUCACGUCUGAAUCCAAAGACUAUUUGUCAAACUAUAAUACAAAUUAUGGAAAUUAAGCAUAAUUUUCGUUGAAACAUCGGGUGACAUUCGUUAUUCCGAAGGUUCGAAUAUUCCUUCGGAAUAACGAACCUUAUUUCGUUUUUGGACUAACGAACCUUCAGAAUAACGAACCUUGAUUCGUUUUCGGACGAACGAAGUUUUCGGAAUAAACGAACCUUAUUUCGCUUUCGGAUUAACGAACAUUCGGAAUAACGAACGUUAUUUCGUUUCCGGAAUAAAGAACCUUCUGAAUUACGAAGUGUAACAAUGGGGGUAUCUCAUUUAGGAUAGAACCUGGGGCCUGUUGCAGAAAGAGUUGCAAUCAAUCGCUACUCUAAAAAUACGCGCACUGGCGUAAAUCCGUGUUGAUGGGUGGGGGGAUGAUUGAAAUAUUUUGGCAUUUUUUUUGCAAUCAUGUUUUUAGAUAUGCAAGGAAUUGUCAUUGAUAUGUCCACAGUGGCGUACCGUGGGUCACGGUAUUGGGGGGGGGGGGGCACCAGCAAAAUUUUUGAAUCACUGAGUGAGCGCGCUCAGUUGCCAGUUAUUCUGACCUAAUAGAGACAUUUUAAGGACAAUGUCAUUAAACAGAUAUGUAUCUCACUGAUCAAAUAAUGCGAGCGCGAAGCGCGAGCUGAAAUUUGUUUAUAUUCACACCUAAAAACACAUGAAACACUUUUUGUAGUCAUUACAAUCAUGAUUAUCAUACGCAUCUCACUAAUCAAAUAUUGCGAGCGCGAAGCGCGAGCUGAAAAUUUAGAUAAUUCAGACCUGAAGUGGGGGCAUUCUAAGGUUUCUUUGUAGGAAUUAACUAGGACCAUACGUAUUUCAUUAACCAAAUGAUGCGAGCGCGAAGCGCGAGCUGAAAAUUUUUGAUAAUCAGAUCAGAAGAAGGGACAUUUUAAGGACUGAUUUUAGGAAUUCAUGUUGAGCAGACAUAUCUCACCAAUCCACUAAUGCGAACGUAAUCACGGACAGGAAAUGUUUCAUAUAUAGGAAGACCUUAACAUGGGGCAAUCACUUAUUGAGUCAUGAAAAAGAAGCAUAUGUCACGACAUAAAACAAUGAUAACUCAAGUGCUAGGAAAUAUAUUUGGUUUAUAUUGACUUGAAAACGGGAUGUUUUAGUACAACAGGAUUAUAUAUCUCGUUACACAGACAAUGCGAGCACCAGGAACAAUGAAGACUUGGGCCCUGGGCAAAUUAUGUUUCAUAAAGUUAUGAUAAAAAUGUUUCUUAUGUAAUGUAACAUAACAUAGUUAUAAUAUAUUAUAACAUUAUAAUGAAUAAUAUUACUUCUUUCCCACUACGUUUCUCUUCCUUUCUCCCCCUUUUCUCCUUUUCCCCGGUUUUUUUUUUGGUCAGCCGAUUUGGGGGGCACGUGCCCCCCAUGCCCCCCCCCCGUAGUUACGCCACUGUAUGUCCAUAUGGCAAAUACCCCUCCAAUAUUAUUAUCUUUUUACCCCAUGAUGGUUUAAUGGUUUUAUUAGAGAUUACAUUCAAAAUUUUUUGACAUUCCAUCUUAAUUCCUUUCCAAAGACCCCAACAUUGAUGAAUUGGAAGAAACGGGGUUUUCUCUUCAAUGUUAUAAUAAGGACAUUAGUAUUUCGUUUGGAAAUGGUGAACUGGCUCUUUAUUUGCAUUUUAUGAUUCAAUAAUAUUGUUUUAUUUGGGUUAAGCGGUAUUUCAGGAAGAAUUUUCACCAAUAAAACAAUUAUCUCUUGU